AUGAUCGUCUACAUCGUUUUUUCGAUGUUUUUUCUGUUUUUAUUUGUUUCCAUUGUGUGGUGGAUAAAUGCAUGGAGAUAUUCAAGAGGUUUAAAGGAUGUUAAAGGGCCUAAACCAUUUCCUAUAAUAGGAAAUGUCACUGAACUUGACACAACAACGCUUUUUUGGCAAAUUAAUGAAUGGCAUAAAGAAUAUGGAUACUUAGCGAAAGCUUUCAUUGGUUUUGAUUUUGUGGUGUCCUUGGCAGACCCAGAAUACUUGGAGUUUGUUUGUACCAAUCCUCUAACCUCACAUAAAGGCUAUUAUUAUAGAUAUCUACACAAUUGGUUAAAUUUAGGAUUGUUAACAAGCGCAGAUCAAAAAUGGCACAAAAGAAGGAAACUUAUUACACCGGCAUAUCAUUUCAAGAUAUUAGAACAGUUUGUUCCUGUUUUUGAUAAAACCGGAAACAUACUCAUGGAUAAAUUACGAGAAAACGUCGGGAAAUUAUCAUUUAAUGUACAAGACUUAAUUUCAUUGUGUACUCUUGAUAUAAUCAAUGAAACUGCAAUGGGAAUAUCAGUCAACGCACAAUUAAACGCCAACACAGAUUAUGUCAAUGCAAUCAAAGUAUUAACACACAUCGUGACAGAGCGUGGAAUAAAAAUAUACAAACAUUUCGAUUUGUUGUACUUCUUCACUAAAGACUACAGAAUUGAGAAGAAAUGUUUGAAAAUAGUUCAUAAUUAUUCGUUAUCCGUAAUUGAAUCACGACGUAAAGAAUUACAAAAGAAUUCGGAGUCAAAUUCAUUUAAUCCUAAUGCUAUUGAUGAAUUUGGGCGUAGGAAACGCAUUGCGUUUUUAGAUCUUUUACUGCAAUCAACAAUUGAUGGUCAACCAUUGACUGAUGAAGAUAUUCGCGAAGAAGUGGACACAUUCAUGUUCGAAGGGCAUGAUACAACAGCAUCCGGGAUUAGUUUUUGGUUGCAUUUGAUCAGUAAACAUCCGGAAAUACAAGAAAAAUUGAUUCUGGAACAGCAAAAUAUAUUUGGAGACGAUCCAUUUAGACCUACAACCUUGUCUGACCUUCAAAACAUGAAUUAUAUGGAAAUGACAAUUAAAGAGACAUUGAGGUUAUAUCCGUCAGUUCCAAUGAUGCUGAGGGAUUGCAUUCAAGACAUCAAAUUUCGUGAUAUGACAUUCAAGAAAGGAACGCAAUUAUUAAUCUUUCCGUUUUAUUUACAUCGUCGCCCUGACAUAUUUCCGGAUCCGGAAAAGUUUAUCCCGGAAAGAUUCCAGGCGGAAAAUAUCAACAAAAGACAUGCGUUUAGUUAUUUAGCAUUCAGCGCCGGAAGUCGUAACUGCAUCGGUCAGAAAUUCGCCAUGUUGGAAAUGAAGUGUAUCUUAGGAAAAAUUUUACGAAAUUUUGAGAUACAUCCAAGUUAUCCAGCGCACGAGGUCAAAAUUCAAGCGGAUAUUAUCAUCGCAUCGAAAAACGGUUACCGAAUUCAAUUAAAACAUAGAAAAUGA